AUGAACGUCAUCGAUAACUUCCUGUCUCCCCGGUCCCUGUCCCUGGAGUCUGGUUAUUCCCUCAUGGUGCUGCAGUCGGUGUCCGUGCAGGAGGGUCUCUGUGUUCUCAUCCCCUGCAAUUUCAUGUACCCAGCCUCGUAUGACACCAACAAUUCCCGACACCAGCUUUACAGAUACUGGUUCAAUGAUCCAGUCGAUGUGCACAAUGAUCCGCCUGUGGCCAGCAAUGACCCCAGCCGGAAUGUGUCGCAAGACACCCAGGGCCGGUUCCGGCUGACGGGGGAUCCGGCGCCCGGCGACUGCUCCCUGCAAAUCAGCGACGCCCGAAGGACGGAUGCAGGGAGAUAUUUCCUUAGAGUCGAGAAAGGAGACUUUAAAUACACUUACCGCACCAAUAACGAUCACACUUUCCCUAUCCUAGAGAUCUCCGUGACACGGCUGAUGGAGGAGCCAGAGAUCGAGAUCUCGCCAGUGUGGGGGCUGCCAGGGACGCUGCUGGCUUGGGAGCCAGUAAAUGUGACCUGCACGGCCCCCGGGCGCUGCUCUGGGACCCCUCCCCGAGUCACCUGGACGGGGCUGUUCAGCGACACAGCCCGGAACGUCUCAGCCCAGCUGGCAAACGGCACUUGGGCCCACAGCUCUGAGCUCCGCUUCACGCCCACCCCAGGGGACGAUGGCAAAGAGCUCAUCUGCACCGUCACCUACAGCCCACCACAGGGACCUUCCACCAGCAGAAGAAUCCGGCUCCACAUCGACUACCCACCCGGGCCCCCCAACAUCACUGGGAAACUGACCAGGAACGGACGCCCUGUGCCAGAUGUGUGGGGAGCUGAGGGCAACGUCGUGUCUCUGGAGACCCAAGAGGGCGACUCCCUGAACCUGAGCUGUGAGGCUUUGAGCAGACCAGAGUUCAACCUGAGUUGGGCCAAGGGGAACGAGUCCCUCAGCCCCGGCCAGGGAGGGGCCGGGCACCUGGAGCUGCCGAAUCUCAGCAGAGGAGACGCUGGGGAGUAUUGGUGCUGGGUGAAGAAUUCCUACGGGUUGGCCAGCCGGGUCCUGCGUGUGGACGUGCAGUGUAAGGCAGUAGGGGGCGCUGUGCCACACAGAGGGGCCUUAGUGGAGGGUAUUGGGCUGCAGGGGGCAGGUGGUCAGUAA